AUUUAAUUCAAGCUUAUUAUUAUUAUUCUUAUUAUAAUAAUAAGCGUCUGAUGACGAUAAUAAGAAUUUGGCGGGGAAUCGCAACUAUAUUCUUAUAUUUCAAGAAUAUUUUUGUGUAUUUCAUGCGUGUUCUGGUAAAUAUUCAAAUUUGGCGGAACAAGAGAGCCGUUGAUUUGGGUUUCUGGAAACGCAGCCCAUCCUGCCGAUUUCACGAAUAUUUACGUGAGAAGACUUCACAGUUUUAUGAAAUGGCGGAACCCAUUCUCGCCUGAAAUCGCAACUUGCCGGGCUUUUGUUGAAAUUGUGAUCCUAAAACAUGAUUCUAGGAUCGUUUCUAUAGCUACAUCCUUCGAAUUUGAUGUCUGACAUUGUUAAAUUUAUUUAAUACGAGUAUUUAUUCACAAUUGAGCAUACCUAUAAAUAAAGUGAGGGGGGGUUUGUCAAAUUUUGUUGGGGGGAAAUGUUGUCCGUGUCCCCGUCCUUUGAAGCUAGGAGCUCGCUGGAAGCAAUGCUGGAGUCUCUCCGUCAAAGGCAGGGGAAUGAGAACACAAGAGACUUGCCGCCUGAGCUGCCCGUGAGGCCAAGGCCUAAAGCUAGAACUAGGCCACCAUCCUUCAGAAAACCGUUGACAAAAAGUUCUACAGCUCCUGAUGCUGGUAUGGAGAAAUUGUUGAAAGUCGGUUGUAAGAAAGAAGAGGUCAAAAGUUUCAGAGGCAACAAUUUUUGUGAUAUGAGGGAAAUGGAGGCCUUUAAAUCGCCUUAUCUCAUGGAAGACUCUAAAGGGGCAUUAGAGCGAGGGCACGGUGGAGGAAUGCAUGCACGUUUGCCUCAGGGACCACUUCCCCGCUUUCUAGAGUUUGAUCGGGAUGACAACAUUGCUUAUUUCAUUAAGAAGAAACUUCGUAUUUGGUGUCGCCAACAAAAUGGGCUGUGGGAAUCGGGCAAAAUACAAUCAACUUCAGGAGAAAAAUCUGUCGUUUUUCUCUCAGAUGAAAGAGCUGUGACAGUGCCCACAUCAGACCUUUUACCUGCAAAUCCAGAUAUUCUUGAGGGAGUUGAUGAUCUCACACAACUCAGUUAUCUGAAUGAGCCAUCAGUUCUUCACAACUUGAAAACCAGAUAUAUCCGUGGAGCAAUAUAUAGUAAAGCUGGUCCAGUUUUAGUAGCAGUCAAUCCCUUCAAAGAUGCCCAAGUGUGUGGGGACGAAUUUGUGACAGCUUACAUGAAUAAGCUAAUGGAUAGUCCUCAUGUCUAUGCUAUUGCUGACACAGCAUACAACCAAAUGAUGGAAGGUGGAGUAAACCAGUCCAUCAUCAUCAGUGGGGAAAGUGGAUCCGGCAAGACAGAAACAGCAAAAAUGGCUAUGCAAUACUUGGCUGCUGUUGGUGGAGGCAGCAACGGUAUAGAGUCUGAAGUGCUGCAGACAAACUGUAUAUUAGAAGCAUUUGGAAAUGCAAAAACGUCUAGGAAUGACAACUCCAGUCGCUUUGGGAAAUUGAUUGAGAUUCAUUUUAGUGUAGCUGGAAAAAUAUCUGGUGCCAAACUAAAUACUUAUGCCCCAAACAAUGAGCAGUUCUUCUUGAAAAGUCCAGAGUGGUUCAAUGUGCACAGGGAGAGAGGUCAUACCAUAUCUUCUACCAGCUAUGUGCUGGGGCUCCUUCAGGUCUCAGAGAUAAAUUAAAGUUAAAAGAUGCAUCUGAGUUCAACUAUCUUAAACACAGUAGUUGCUUGGUUAUCAGUGGUGUUGAUGACGCUAAAAAGUUUCAGAUUCUCAUGGAAGCCCUAAACAGACUCGAGAUUUGUCAAAGAGAUCAACUGCAUGCUUUUCAGAUGAUUUCUGCAGUGUUAUGGCUGGGAAACAUUUCAUUUGAAGUUAUUGACAAUGAAAACCACGUUGAGCCGGUGGCUAAUGAAGCUGUUAUGAAUGCUGCUAGCUUAAUGGGCUGCAGUGCCUAUGACCUCAUGCUAUCAUUAUCAACACAUAAAAUACAAGCUGGAAAGGAUGAGGUUUCCAAGAGAUUAACAACCCAGCAGGCAAUUGAUUCAAGAGACUCAUUGGCAAAAUUCAUAUAUGGCAGCCUAUUUGAGUGGGUAGUAGAUAAGAUAAAUACAACACUUGCAAUGGGAAAGCAGCAUACUGGUAGAUCCAUCAAUAUUCUAGACAUUUAUGGUUUUGAAUCAUUUGAGAAUAAUGGGUUUGAACAGUUCUGCAUAAACUAUGCAAAUGAGAGGCUUCAACAGCAUUUCAAUAGCCAUCUUUUCAAACGUGAGCAAGAGGAAUAUGAGUUGGAUGGGAUUGAUUGGAGAAAAAUUGAAUUUAAAGACAACCAAGAUUGUCUGGAUCUCAUUGAGCAGAAACCAUUUGGGCUUAUUGCAUUGCUGGAUGAAGAGUCGAAUUUCCCUAAAGCGACUGAUUUGACAUUUGCCAAUAAACUUCAGGAGCACUUGAAAACAAAUUCAUGCCUAAAAGGAGAAAGAGGAUCAUUGUUCAGUAUUCAGCACUAUGCUGGCGAGGUUAUGUAUAGCGCCAGUGGUUUCUUGGAAAAGAACAGAGAUCUUCUGCAUUCAGAUAUUAUUCAGCUACUCUCAUCAUGCAGUUCGGAACUACUUCAGUUGUUUACCAGUUUAUUGCUUAACCAAUUUCAGAAAUCAACUCUUCCAAGCAAGCUUGCUGUAUCAGAUGUUCGGAGACAAAGUGUUGCUACAAAAUUCAAGGGUCAAUUGUUCCAAUUAAUGCAGCAGUUGGAAAACACUGCUCCACAUUUCAUUCGCUGCAUAAAGCCAAAUAAUAAGAAACUUCCUGGGAUGUUUGAGAAAGAUAUUGUCUUACAGCAGCUUCAGUGCUGUGGAAUUUUAGAAGUUGUAAGGAUCUCAAGGGCUGGCUAUCCAACGAGGAUGACACAUCAAGAUUUCACAGGGAGAUAUGCCUUCCUUCUAUCGGAUAACAGCUUGCUUAGAGAUCCUUUAAAAACAUCAGUUGCCAUUCUGCAAAAAUUCCAUAUCCAUCCAGAAAUGUACCAAGUUGGAUAUACUAAAUUAUAUCUUCGAGCAGGACAGAUUGCUGCAAUGGAGGAUGUCAGAAAACAAAUUCUCCAAGGUACUCUUGAUGUGCAAAAGUGUUUUCGUGGAUAUCGUACUCGUCUGUAUUUCCAUGAACUCAAGGGCGGAGUAAUAACCCUUCAGUCUUUUGUUCGUGGUGAAAUUGAUAGAAAGCGGUAUGAUGUCUUGAUAAAGUCAAAAGUGGAUGGGGAUUGCAAAAAACAAGAUGAGAGAUCGAUGGCAGUUUUACGGAUACAAUCAGCAAUACGUGGGUUCUUGUCUAGAAGACAUUUUGGUAGCCUGUGGGGUCUGAAAAAGUCAAUUCUCAACCAGCAAAAUGCAAGCAUGAGAAUUUCGGGGGUGAAGGAUUUGCCUUCAGAAGUUCUACCUUAUGUUCUGGAGGAGCUUCAAAAACAGGUUCACAGGGCUGAGGCGACCAUUGAGCAGAAGGAAAAAGAAAAUGUAGCUUUGAGACAACAAAUAAAACAAUUUGAGAAUCGACUAUCAGAAUAUGAAGCCAAGAUGGGUUCAGUGGAGAUGUGGCAAAAACAAAUGGCAUCUUUGCAGGCAAAGCUUGCUCUAGCCAAGUGUCUUACUGUCGGUGGCAAUACUCUGCUGGCUUCUUCACAACUUUCUCACUCGUAUGAAUCUACACGAAGCCUAUCUAUGGGUACUGGAGCAGGAAGCGCCUCAAUGAGAUCUACCGACUAUGAAACUGAUGCGGCUGAGUCUGUUCAAGAGGGUGUUGGUGGCUUCCUUGCGGUGAGUCACCUUGUGAAGGAGUUUGAAGUCAAUAAACAAAAAUUCGAUGGUGAGGCGGAAAGAGUCGUUCAGCUCAAAGGGCAGCCCACAUCUAUUCCUGAAGCAGAGCUGAAGAGACUGAAAAUUCAGUUUUGCGAAUGGAAGGAAGACUUUAAGGAGAGGUUAAGGGAGACAAGGGCCAAACUGCGCAAGCUUGAGCAGCAUUCUAAAGAUAGACGGCAAAAAAGGACGACAUGGUGGGGAAAGGAGCAAAUCUUUUCAGCUUUGAAUAACUCGUCUCACUUCCUAGGAGGAAUCAAAUGGUAUAAUAAAUAAAUGAAUUUGUCAAAGAAAGAAACCAGGGGGAUCAUGUCCAUUUAUAUUUUUGGUUUCUGUUCUAACUGGAUGUUUGUUUUUUUAUACUCAAAUUAAGGCGCCAACAUGUACAGUUUGUACUCGAUAUGUACAUAAUAGUGUUGUCG